AUGAGCCCUAGGCCUGAAUAUGUGAGCGAUAGCGACAGUGGGUUGGAUGUAUUUAGCGAAUGCCAUAGUUUCGAAGAGCCCUCUAGCACGAACAUAGAGAUUUUAAGCGAUGACUCUGAGUUUGAUUUCUCGAGCGGAGAUUACUCAGAAGAAGAAGAUGCACGAAUAGAGAAUGCCACAUCAGAACUGGAGUCAGGAAGCCUUUUGAAAGGUUCUAAGUCAGGAAAACUAGAACCUCUUGGGCCUCCAAAGCUAAACUACGGUUGUUUAACGACGGAUCAAAUAUAUCAGAUUAUGCUGAGUCGCUUAAAAGCUUUAGAGCCGGUCUUAAACAGGACUCCGGAGGAUAUUAUCGUGCUGUUACAAAAGUUUGGAUGGAAUGAAGAAAGGCUCCUAGAAUGUUGGACUGAUGAUGACAAUGGUGUCCUUAUUUCGUGCGGCUUGAAGCCAAAAGACGACAUAAAGUGCGAAAGAGGUAUUAAAGAAGUUCGAGACUUUGUAUGUCCUAUUUGCUGCGAAAGUGGUCAAACAGAGGCAUUUUCGUUAGAAUGUGGGCAUGAAUAUUGUUUGGAUUGUCACAGACACUACAUUCAAGAUAAAUUGGGCGAAGGUAAAAUCAUUACCUGCAUGAGCUGCCCUUUGGCUCUUAGAAAUCAUGAUAUUGAUGUCCUGACCGGCACGAAUUCCAGCCAGAAACUGAUGCUUUCUUCGAUGAAAAGCUUUAUACAGAAACACAGCAGUCACUACAAGUGGUGUCCUUUCGUGGACUGCAACUACGUGAUUCAAAUUGGAAACAUAUCGUGUUUGUCCGAAUUUCCGCGAUUCCACGCCUCACCCUAUGUGAUUUGCGAUAACAUGCACAAAUUCUGUUUUAGGUGCAGUCUCGAAUCCCAUGAUCCGGGAGAUUGCAAAGUUGCUGAUCAGUGGGUUAAAACCGCUCAAGUCGAAUCGGCCAACCUCAAUUGGGUGUUGAAAAAUACCAAAGAGUGUCCUAAAUGUGGUGUGAACAUUGAGAAGAAUGGAGGCUGUAACCAUAUGACCUGUAAAAGCUGUCUGUUUGAGUUUUGUUGGAUUUGUGAGAGGCAAUGGGCCGAUCACGGCGGGAGUUACUUCGAGUGCACAAGGUUCAAGAAAGAAGAUAAGAAUGACCCACAAGAGUCUAAAUCAACGCUUCGGAAAUAUACUUUCUACUAUAGACUCUUCAGCGAACACGAGAAUUCUGCAAAGCUUGACUGGAAACUGGGUCAGACCGUGGAACAAAAAGUCAGAGCGCUGCAAGAGACAACAGGAUUGUCUUGGAUAGAAACACAAUUUUUACCUGAAAGCAUACGAGUUUUAAUCGAGGGCAGAACGACACUCAAAUGGUCAUUCCCAGUAGCAUUCUAUUCCGAUGCCUCCCAUAACCUCACAAAGAUAUUCGUUGAUAACCAACUUUUGCUUGUGACCGCGGUCGAGGAUCUCUCACAGCUUUUACAGAUCAAAGAACCAAGGAAAAUUGUUGAGAAGAAACUAGAGUUUUUCAAUAAAUCGCAGUUUGUCAAAAGCCGCGAGAGAGCUUUGAUAGAAUGUGGGCGAGAUUUGCUUUGCAAAGGCAUAUGCUGUCCUCAAAAAUAA